AUGAAACAAAAUGGAGGAUAUCAAUCUGAUCAUUCUAAAGCUACAUUUUUUAAUGAUGGAAACCAUCUAUUUAUGCAAUUAGUGAAUGAAAAUUUGCAAUUUCAUGAUCAAGGAAGUUUUCAAAUGAAAUAUAUCAACAGGGUUACCUAGAUAAAUGUUCUAUGGGCAGAAGAUUAUCUGAAAAUCGUUGAAGAAAAAUCUGCUAAGUUUAUUCACAUUCAAAAUGCUUAUCUGAGAGUUGUCAUGAAUUAAAAAAAUUAGUAAUUUGGUUUUAGAAUAAGUAAAAAUGGUCAACAAGCUGAAUUUUAUGGGACGAGCUUAGAAUUAAUAGAAAAUAUUAAGAAAUAUGUGAUCUAAUCAGAGUUUUAAAAGAAAUAUCAAAUAAUAGAAAAAAUUGGUAGUGGCAAUUUAUCAUCUGUCUAUAAAAUUCAGCAUAGCAUAAGUGGGUAGAUGUUUGCUGCUAAAAUAGUAAAAAAAUCAGUACUAGCAAGAUGCAGUAAGUUUGAGAAGGAUUACUUUUUGAACGAGAUAAGUAUCUUAAGAUAAAUAGAUCAUGAUAAUUUGUUAAAAUUAGAAGAAAUUCAUGAAGGAGAAUAAAACAUAUAUAUAAUUACUGAAUUAUUAGAAGGAGGCACCAUAAAAGAAGAGAUUCUAAAUAAUCACUUCAAAGAAUAAGAAAUGAUUAAAUUCAUGCAUUCUCUUUUCAAUAGUUUAUAUGCACUUCACAAAAAUAAUAUUUAUCACAAUGAUAUUAGAUAUGAUAACAUCUUACUUAGAGAUCCAUAAGAUUUAAAAACUGCCUGUUUUAUAAAUUAUGGAAAGGCUAUGCAAAUACCUUCAAAAAAUUGCAGUCUUAAUUAAAAUAAUCACUAAGAUUAAGAAAGGAUUGUUAAUCUGUGUAUAAAAAGGGACAUAUAUUCCUUGAGUACUAUUUUGUUGACAGUUUUUACAAAAAAAGUAUAUAACUUGAAUUAAGUGGUGGAUGAACUAUUAAUGAAGAAUUUUCAAUAUAUUACUCAAACAGAGUAUAUGGAAUUAUCACUUCCACUUUAAAGAUUUUUUGAAAUGAUUUUUACAGACAAACACAAAAUAUAAACCGAAUUUUUGACUUGUGAAAAGAUAUUGGGUUUGGAUAUAUUUAGAAUUCUCCAAAAACCAAGAAAUUCUUAAAAUUUUGUCUCUAAAUAAUAAUUUCCCUAACUUCCUAGAAGAAUGAGCAAAUUUGUUCCAUGUUAAUCAGAAAGAGAAAAAUUAGAUAAUUCAGAUAAUUCAGUUAAACUUCCACCUAUAAAUCGAGAUGCUUCUACUUCUGCUGAAAAAAGUCUCUCAUCAAGUCCCAAAUCCUAAUGUCUCCUCACCAGCCAUCUUAAUACAAUUAAGAAAAAAAACAAGUUAAAAUUAAUAAAUAAAGUAUUUAAGUAAAAUGACUUGUGA